ACAGACAUGGCCGGCGAGGGAGAUCAGCAGGACGCUGCGAACAACAUGGGCAAUCAUUUGCCGCUCCUGCCCGCAGAGGAUGAGGAAGAAGAUGAAAUUGAAAUGGAAGUUGAAGACCAGGAUAGCAAAGAACCCAAGAAACCAAACAUCAUAAAUUUUGACACUAGUCUUCCGACAUCACAUACAUAUCUGGGCUCUGAUAUGGAGGAAUUUCAUGGCAGGACUUUGCACGAUGACGACAGCUGCCCGGUGAUUCCAGUUCUGCCCCAGGUGAUGAUGAUCCUGAUACCCGGGCAGACCUUACCUCUUCAGCUUUUCAGUCCCCAAGAAGUCAGUAUGGUGCGGAAUUUAAUUCAGAAGGAUAGAACCUUUGCGGUGCUUGCAUACAGUAACGUACAGGAAAGGGAAGCACAGUUUGGAACAACAGCAGAGAUAUACGCCUAUCGAGAAGAACAGGAUUUUGGAAUUGAGAUUGUGAAAGUGAAAGCAAUCGGAAGACAAAGAUUCAAAGUCCUCGAGCUCAGGACACAGUCAGACGGAAUCCAGCAAGCUAAAGUGCAAAUUCUUCCUGAGUGUGUGUUGCCUUCAACCAUGUCUGCAGUUCAGUUAGAAUCCCUCAAUAAGUGCCAGAUAGUUCCUUCGAAACCUGUCUCACGGGAAGACCAGUGUUCAUAUAAAUGGUGGCAGAAAUACCAGAAGAGAAAGUUUCAUUGUGCAAAUUUGACUUCAUGGCCUCGCUGGCUGUAUUCCUUAUAUGAUGCUGAAACCUUAAUGGAGAGAAUCAAGAGACAGCUACACGAAUGGGAUGAAAAUCUGAAAGAGGAUUCUCUUCCUUCAAAUCCAAUAGAUUUUUCUUACAGAGUAGCUGCUUGUCUUCCUAUUGAUGAUGUAUUAAGAAUUCAGCUCCUUAAAAUUGGUAGUGCGAUCCAACGACUUCGCUGUGAACUAGACAUUAUGAAUAAAUGUACGUCUCUUUGCUGUAAACAAUGUCAAGAAACAGAAAUAACAACCAAAAAUGAAAUAUUCAGUUUAUCCUUAUGUGGGCCGAUGGCAGCUUAUGUGAAUCCUCACGGAUACGUGCAUGAGACGCUUACCGUGUAUAAGGCUUGCAACUUGAAUCUGAUCGGCCGGCCUUCUACAGAGCACAGCUGGUUUCCUGGGUUCGCCUGGACCAUUGCCCAGUGCAGGAUCUGUGCAAGCCAUGUUGGAUGGAAAUUUACAGCCACCAAAAAAGACAUGUUACCUCAAAAAUUCUGGGGUUUGACUCGAUCUGCUCUGCUGCCCACGAUCCCAGACACUGAAGAUGACAUAAGCCCAGACAAAAUAAUACUCUGCUUAUAAACGAAUACGGUAGGGAUAAGGUUCCUUAGCAAAAUCGGUAUUCUAACAUCAGGUCUGCUUUGGAAAUUACUGCUUUUGAUGCAUACCUAAGUAAAAAGCGACAUUACAUGGAAGGUUGCAGUUUCUUAGUCAAACAAACAACAGUAUUUGAAGAUUUAGACUAAAAUACACUAUUGAAGAGGAUGAAAAGCAGUCUAGAAUACUUGGUUUUGGGAGUUACCUACUUGAGGAGCUUGGUGCUCUUAUUCUGUGGGAUCUGAUAGGACAUGAAGACAUCUGUGAAACUGGUGAGAGUAUUAUUUCCUGCACAAAACAUACCUGAAAUUCCUAUAAAUUCUUAUAAUGUGAGGGUUCCUCAUUUGAUCCUGACACAUGGAACAGAAUGGCACGUUUGUAUCAAUGCUCCAAACAAACAGCAGAAGUUUCCAAAAGCUAGGGUGCCAAGCACUAGUACUGUUCCUUUUUGAAAGAGGCAAGGCAGUGUGUAUUAUUUUAAAAGGGCUUUGUUCUUUCUGAUUUUCUUUAAUACUUUCAAAAUUUACAAAUCAGUAUCUCAGAGAAACUAAAGUACACAGUUUGAGCCCCAAAAUAAAAGUUCUCCUUUCCUAACAUGUUUGUUAGUGAAAAUAGUAUUUUGUGUAUUUGCUCAGUGUUUGGUUAUUCUGUUCCAAAUCAUUUGAACCUAGACUACUGUGGAACACAGAUGUUAAAACACGUCCCCUUCCUACAAGUGAGAUGUGCUAAUGUAUUUUAUAGGCUAUUUUGUUCAAUGUAAACUAAAGAAACUCUGUAAGUAAACUGUAAGAGCAAAACUAAAUUAAACAUGUUCUUUGUUUAAAUAAUGUAAAAUAUCUACUCAUAAGCAGAUAAUCUAGGUGUAAGAAAUAAUUCUUAAGAUAAAGUUUUGGACAGACUGAUUUGCCACCUACCUCUUUGCUUAUACAUUCAAGGGGUUUAUUGGAUCCUUUUACAUUUGCAUAAUUUUGAUGUUCCGUCACUGCUUUACAUAAUUCAUUGGGAAAAGUUCAGCUAAUCAGGUACGAUGGAUGCGGCCAAAAACGGACUGUUAAAUUUCUCAUGUUUGAAUUUGUCAAUAUUUUCUUUUUCCAAACAUGCAAUGGUUUUGACUGCCUAGCCUGGAAUCCGCAACUGAGUAUAAGGUUGCACAUUUAUGUAAAAAGAGAGUAAAUGAAAAGCAACUCAAGGACGCUGUCGGUUUUUUAGCACGUGCCCCUUCUGUAUUCGAUAUGCCUAACCUUUACUUUGUUACAACUAAUAAUAACCUUGGGUUUUUAA